AUGUCGGAGAUUGAGACUGUCUCGUCCUUUGUGGAGGGCGCUCCUCCUGGAGAGCUUGCCGACGUCGUCGCAGACAUCAAGGCCCUCGCCAUCUCGUCCCCCGACAUCAUCUCCGACCUCGCGCCCGCCUUCGAAAAGUACAACGAGGAGCAGUUUGUUACGGUGAAGCUGCCCGGCAGCAGCCAGCCAGUCAUUAUCAGCUCCCACAACUCCCUCGGAGACGGACGAUACUACGAUGUUGAGAGCUCCUCCAGCUUCGCCUUCAACCACGCGACGCAGAAAGCUAGCGCCGUGCAAAGCCAUGUCCUCGAGGGCCCUCAAACAGAUCUUGUGAAAUCCACACUGAAGAGCCUCAGCGCCUACGUCAGCGAGCACUUCCCCAAUGCCGCAUACGGAGUCUACCCCAUCCAGUCGGACUCGCAGAUUGCAGUUAUCAUCGUGGGAAACAAAUACAGCCCCAACAACUUCUGGAACGGCCGCUGGAGAUCGCUCUACAUCUUUGACCCUUCGUCCGGAACCCUCGAGGGCUCCAUCAAGGUCGACGUGCACUACUACGAGGACGGAAACGUGCGACUCCUAACCAACAAGCCUGUCUCGGGCUCGAUCCCCUCGGGCAGCGGCGCCGGCGUCAUCAAGGAGAUCUCGUCGACGGAGCGCAAGUACCAGGAGGAACUGAACAAGGGUUUCGUGAGCCUCAGCGAGGGCGCCUUCAAGGGUCUUCGACGACAGCUGCCCGUGACGAGGCAGAAGAUUGAGUGGGAUCGCGUGACGAGCUACAGGCUGGGCCAGGACAUUGGUGGUGGAAGCUCGCGACGAUAGACUGACUGGGUUUCCUGUGUCUGGUUUGGGUGUCGGAUCUGAGAGAUAGAUUUGAAGAUGUAGCAACUCAAAGAGCGUAGAGGACAAGUUUCGAGCAAUUGUUACACUGGUUUAGUUCG